AUGGUGGAGUUUGCGCCUUUGUUUGUGCCACUGGAGCGCAGACUACAGACCUUCGUGGUCCUGCAUUGGAUCUUCUGCUUCAUGGUCUUGCCCCCUAUCUGCGUUGUGGUCUUCAUAGGCCUUCUGUUCACAAGAUUCUGGUUCUUCAGUAUCCUGUACGCAAUCUGGUUGUACUUGGACCAAAAUAAGCCAUGGCAGGGGGGCAGGCGCAAUGAGGCCACAAGGCGCUGGGUCAUAUGGACAUACAUGAAGAAUUAUUUCCCCAUCUCGCUAGUCAAGACCGCUGAGUUGGACCCCUCCCGGAACUACCUUGCUGGCUUCCACCCUCAUGGAGUCCUGUCGAUCGGAUCUUUUACCAACCUGUGCACAGAGGGCACGGGCUUCUCCUCAGUUUUCCCUGGCAUCCGCUCACAUCUAACAACGUUAAACAUAUAUUUCUGGGUCCCAUUCUUCAGGGAUUACAUCAUGCAAGGGGGGCUGGUCUCAACAGACAAGGAGAGUGUUGCUCACAUUCUGAGCAGGAAAGGAGGCGGCAACCUAGUGGGUAUCACUAUUGGGGGCGUCAAGGAGGCACUGAAAACCAGACCUGGAGGCAACAAGCUGGUGCUGCAGAACCGCAAGGGCUUUGCCAGGCUCGCUCUGAUGCAUGGAGCAGAUCUGGUGCCAAUCUUCUCCUUUGGGGACAAUAACUUAUAUUCCCAUGCAAAGAAUUCUGGCUUUUGGUGGAAAUGGUUCAAUGAUCAACUGUACAAGAAGAUAGGUCUUACCAUCCCGCUCUUCUAUGGCCGUGGAGUCUUCCAGUACAGUUUUGGUUUUAUGCCCUACCGCCUACCCAUCACCACUGUGGUGGGAAAGCCCAUCGAGGUGCCGAAAACACCACAUCCCUCCCAAGAGGAGGUGGACAGGCUGCACCAGCACUACAUGAAGGAGCUGAGCAACCUCUUCGAAACCCACAAGCUCAAGUACAACAUCCCAAAAGACCAACACUUGGAGUUCUGCUGA